UCCAUUCUCAUCACUUCUGCCUUGCAUAAGUAUACCUCUGAUCCAAAAUGUACCUCAUUUAUCUCUUCCUCCUUCCCUCUGGCUUUGCAGAUCAAGGGCAGGUUUAUUUAGAGGACAAUGGUCUGAAUUGCUGUUGGCUAUUCUAAUUGGUCAGUUUAAUAGGAUCAGCUCUGUGCAGAAGAGAUUAUGACACCCAAGGCAUAAUUCUUCAUAUCAUAUUCCUGAGUCCUCAUCAAAAUGGCUGCAGAACUGUAGAAAGUGCUGUUUUCAGCCCUAAGUGAAGGACACUAAACAAUCUUUGAAGUAUGUCACUCCUCAAGAUGAAAUUUCCCUUCCAGAAGAGGGUACGUUUGGCCCAGGGACUUUGGCUGCUGUCAUGGGUUGCUAUGGUCUCUGGUGCCAUCACCUUUGCCAUGGGAGUCUUCCUCAAAACUGAACUUUUCCGCAGGGAUGAGGUGAUGCACAACAAUGACAUCCAUAUUGUGCCCAACCUGCUCAUAGUCGUGGGGUUGAUGUCUGUGGGCAUCAACAUCUGUGCUGGUAAAGUGUGUCAGGACUCUCUGGAUGCCUCGCGGUUCCCGCGCUGGAAAAACAUCCUCACUCCUUUCUUCUGCCUCUCUCUCUUCUUUACUUCUCUCCUGCUGGUUGCUAUGACACUGAGCUAUGCCCUGCAGCCCAGCCUGGAGGAGUCUCUUAAAGUGGGAUUGAAGAAUGGCAUCCGUUUCUAUAAGGACACAGACACUCCAGGCCGGUGCUUCCAGAAGGAGACCAUUGACCGUCUGCAGAUAGAGUUCCAGUGCUGUGGGAACACUAAUUACAGGGACUGGUUUGAAGUGCAGUGGGUCAACAACCGCUACCUGGAUUUCACUUCAAAAGAAGUGAAAGACCGUGUAAAGAGUAACGUGGAUGGCCGUUUCCUAGUAGAUGGAGUCCCUUUCAGCUGCUGUAAUCCAGCUUCCCCCAGACCAUGCAUCCAGUACCAGCUCUUAGACAACACAGCUCAUUACAACUACGAGUAUCAAAGUGAGGAGCUGAAUCUCUAUAACCGUGGCUGCCGUCAGGCUCUGGUUAACUACUACAUGGGUCUGAUGAACUCGAUUGGGCCUGGAGUACUGUGUGUAUUUCUAAUUCAGAUGACCGUGUUGACUGGACUGCGCUACCUUCAGACCUCCAUGGCAGCUGUGGAAGGACAGGAGAAUGUGGAGAUCGAGACAGAAGGCUACAUCCUGGAGAAAGGCAUGAAGGAGACAGCCAAAGAGUUCAAGGAGAAGGUGAUGAAGUUGUUUCAGCAAGGUCAGGUGGAAGCUGCCGCUCCAGCAGCUGAACCAGAGGCAACAGCGUCAGCAGAGAAAUCAGACACGGGCUCCAGUUAAAGGAAGCGAUUUAGACCAUUAGUAACUUUAAACCCUGACAAUAUUCUUCUGUUCUUCUUUUAAAUUUACAGUUACUUUAAAAAUUCACAUAACUGUGGAACAUCAAGGGAACCACAAUGCAUGCUGUUUGUAGGCCAUCAUUUCUGCUUUAUGCAUGUAAAGAUAUAUCAGUAUAGAAAAAUGCAUGAGCCAAAUAAAGAUAUGAGUUUGUAUCUG